AAGAAAGAAAGAAAGAGACGGACAAACAGGCAGAGAGUGGAGAGAGGGAAAAAGGGAGAUACUAGUUUCGAUUUUGCAAGAAAUUCGUAUGGGUGUAGCAACGUUCGUUAUUCCGCAGAGUCUCAGAGUACUAAACGUUAUAACAGUAUUCCGUCGCGCCAAUGACCGAGCGUCUGUGAAGGCGACAAGAAGCGUCGGUAGAACACACAUUUAGUCUUGAACAGACACACAGUUCGCGUUCAGCUACCGUAACGCGACGUAACGUUGAUGGUAAGGUGAUACUCUUUCGUCCCUCUCGAUAAAAGAGAAACGAAAGAGAAUUAAAUAACAAAGUUGUGAGAGAAACAAUAUAUUCUUGAAGAGAGUUCGUUUGAAACAGUUCCGAGUCGUUCUAAUUUCAUUUGAUUCGGUGAAUUUAAUCGAAGAGAAAAAGAUUUAGCGAAUUGCAUAAAAACGUAAAAAGAAAAAGGAAAUAAAAAAAAGAAGAGAAAGAAACGGAGAAAAAAAAAAGAAAAAACAUAAAAGGGAAAGAAAAACGUGUUGGCGGUGAAAAGACAUUUAUCUCUGUCUGUCCCUUUUUCUCUCUUUUUCUCACUCUCUCUUUCUCUCUUUCUCGCGUUACUAGUGUAAAUGAUUCGUGAUGAUAAUGUCCCGACAAUCGCGAGAUUUCCUAACUGCCUUCGUCUUCUUCAUCGUGUUAGCCGUUUUCACGAUCACGAGUGAUGCCAGGUCAUGGGAUAUCGCCGUUGUGAUCGGUGACGAGAUAGAUUUUUUUUCACGAAAUCAGACUCUUACGGGUGAAGCAACAGUCGCCGGAGCCGUUUCAUUAACAGGAAUAGCUUACGAUGAUAAAACAAGAACACUUUAUCUCAGUGACACUCGAAACAACAUAUCGAUUUUCAGUAACGACUUGACAAAAAAGAAUUUAACUUCGAAACCACUGUUAAAGAAGCAAGACGGGACGCACAUCGUGGCGAUCGCCUUUGACACAAGUUCUCGUACGCUCUUUUGGAGCGACGCCUUGAAGAGACUGAUCAUGAAGAUGCGCGUACCAAUGAACGGCCCUCCGGAAGAACCCGUCCUUCUGCAUAAUCUCACACAAAUUCCACGUGGUAUCGUCCUUGACAUGUGUAACAGUCAUGUCUACUGGACCAACAGCGACAACGACAAUCCCACCAUCGAAAGAUCCAACAUGGACGGUACCAAUCGAACGAUCAUAAUCAGGGGAAAUCUUUACGAACCAAUGGGUCUAGCGAUCGAUCAUGACGAAGGUAAACUCUAUUGGAGUGACGACGAAGAAGGUAUACAUGUGAAGAUCGAACGUAGCAAUCUCGACGGCACCGAACGUGAAAUCGUCUUGCAUAAUAGAAAUCAACAACCCGUUUAUCUCACCGUCGAUAAGGAUUUUAUCUACUGGUCAGAUUGGGUACACAAAGCUAUUUGGAUGAUGCCUAAGAAUACCACUAAUCCCGACUCACCGGUCAAAUUUAAAUCCUAUCGCGAAUCGAACAGAGAUGCUGAUCCUAACGCCGUUAUUGCACGAGACAACGUUGGUACCAUCGAUUGUCUUGCUAUACUCAAAAGAAGAUUGGAAAAAAAGAAACUUCCUGAAAAGCAACGAAAAGGUCCUCUCCUCGAAUCUUACAAUAAUUUAACGACUAGUACCGAAGAAGUUGAACCGGAAAACUUUCGAUUGUGUCUCAACGGUGGUUCCUUCGAUCGUAUCGAACGUUCUUGUCGUUGUAAAUCUGGAUAUAUGGGUUCCAUAUGCGAAACUUCCCUCUGCCAGAAUUAUUGUCUUCACGGUGAUUGCAUCGUUAACAGUUUCGGUGAAGCGGAGUGUAAAUGUAUCGGAACGUUUACCGGUAAACGAUGUGAAAGAGACAUUUGCGAAGGUUAUUGUCUUCACGAUGGCGAAUGUUCGCUCCAAAACAACACGCCUUUCUGCAAAUGUAAAUAUUCGAAGGGCGGGCGUUGCGAAAUUCUUACUGACAUGCCUACAGUCAACGUUGAUACAUUUUCCUGCAGGUUAAUAUGUACCGAAAACAACCAUACCUCUGAAAAGAUGUUAGCCCUAGAUGAAAAUUGCGAAUCGAAGACAUUGUUAUUCGUACUUAUCGCUCUCAUCAUCGUACUUAUUAUACUGAUCCUCGUGAUGAGUUUCUACUUGCAUAAAUUACGUCGUCGGCCACGAAUCAAAAAGAGAUUCGUAGUUAGCAAAGGUGGUAUUACGCCAUUAACGUCCAGACCACAACUAACGGAUAAUCAAUGCGAAAUAACUAUAGAAAAUUGCUGCAACAUGAAUAUCUGCGAAACACCAUGUUUCGAACCAAAAUUACGAACUCCAAUGUCAAGGAGUAAUAAUACGAAAAAGGACGAGAAGAAUUCUCUAUUGGAUAAUAUGGAGGGAAAUUCGUGCUAACACAAACUAAAUCUCUCGUCAUAUAAAAAGGUGAAAACUCGAUGGAUUCCACGUAAGCUCGUCACGAGAUUUUUACUUACGGUGAUAGAUGUCUGUAUAUAUUUCAAAAGACUCUAUCUAGUAUUGUUGUUAAGUUUGGUGAAUGCAUAUGUGCUUGCAUAAGGCAAGAUGAAAGGAUGAAUUAACUUAACGAAAAAAAAGUAAAACGAGAAAAAUAUAUAAAUACAGUAAAAAAGAAAGAAAAGGACGAAAGCCAAAGGUCUUUGAAAGAGUCCUAUUCCUUAUUGGGUCGUAUAUGUAGGGCUGUGCUUUUACAAUGGUUAUUUCGUUCUAUUAAUGAAAUUAUAGCGUGAUUUACUUAAUUUUUUUUUCUUUUUUCUUGUAGUUCAAUAAGUUAUGUACUUAGGAAACAAUUUUUUUCUUUUUCUCUUUUCUUUUUUUUUUUCUACACAUAUAUAUAAAGAGAGAGAGAAAAUAAAAAGUAAAAUGAAGAUAUAAAUUUAAUAGACGAUCUGUUUCGCACAAUAGAGGUCUGUCUUGAAGUAAUUUAUUGUCUCAUUAAACAGCAAUUAUCAUAUUUCUUCUUCAUUCGAGAAAAUAAUAAAAAAGUUCUUCUUUUUUUAAUCUUAUUAAUAUAAACUUAGCAUUGUUAGCAAGCGAACGAAAGCUGCCACAUUUUGUGCAUUAUGGUGAUAUAUAUUAUAUAUAUUAUACAUAUAUAUGUAUUAUAUAUAUACAUACAUACAUACAUACAUACGUACAUAUAUAUAUAUAUAUAUAUAUAUAUAUAUAUAUAUAUAUAUAUAUAUAUAUUAAAGUUUACACCGAGAGCUACGCUUAACGUAAUACUUGUGCAAUACAUGCAAAAGCUGCCUUAUAAACCAAGAGAACUUGAUUAUUUAAAAAGUACCAUUGAGUACAUUCCUAAGAAAAAAUGUCAUUACCUUGAUUAAAAAUAAGUACCGAAUAGGACAAAUCUUUUUUCUUUUUUUUUUUUAUACCACAUAUUUGUGGUGUAAAAAACAAAAAAGAUAAACACACAGUCGACGCAUACGAAAAUAUUUUCUACUAGAAACAAAGAGUCGAUCCAACUGUUUAAACUUGAAGUCGUUAUCGCCAAAAAUAAUUAAUUUCAUAAUCAACAACUAUUUACAAUAAAUAUCAAUCUAUAUAUAAUACCUACACUCGUUUGCUUACAUCGAAGAAAUGUUUUUUCUACCUUUUGUUUUUUUCUUUCUAUUCGUUUUCCAUUGACAUUGAUUUUUGGGUAUAUCGGAUAUUCAAAAAAUCACGUCCUUUUACGUUUCACAUCAUUAUAUUAUCUAAAUUCGUCUCCCCAUCCAGAGUACAAUAUAUGCAUACGUACAUAUGUAUACAUAUACUAAUUUGAUUACGAAAAUGAUUAAAAAUGAUAUGUAUAUAUGUGCGUGUUUGCAUGUGCGUCUCUAAUAAGGAAUAUACAGGAAACGCGAUAUCCAUAUAAAAUAUAGAAUAUAUAUAUAUAAAUUGAUUAAACUUCCUGCUGUGCUAUGAUCAACAUUUUUCUAAUGGCCUUAAAACAGUGAACUUUUCUGACUGUUUAAAAUAUUAUCAUAUUCAACGUAAUUAUUGUUGCUGGAACAAACCAAAAGCUGUUCGCAUUCAAGAUCAUACUGAUUAUAGUUUUUAACAUAGUGCCACAUUGAUACGCAUAUUAUCCGUAGUAAUAAUAAAUUUGUAUACAUAUAUUUACAGAUACACCCGCGACGAUACUAUAAAACGUCGUAUAAAAUUAUACAAGUCUGUAUUAUAAGAAAGAAUUUCCACACUGUUCCUGUUCGAAUACUCAAUGGAAACUGUCUUAUAGUUUUAUCGUGGCUGGUAAGAGGAGGUAUUUUGAUGUAUAUAAUUCUUAGAAAUAUCAACAAAAACUCUGCGUUGAAGAACAUCUCCCGAUGUAAACAAUAACACUGUACGUAAGAGAAGGUAAAUUCUUUCUUAUAAUACCGAACGUGUAUUAUUUUAUACGACGUCUCAUAGUAUUGUUGUAGAGUGUAUGUAUACAUACAUGUUGUAAUAUUACGAACGAUAGCUAGACGUAUAGAUAUAUAGAAUCAAAAAUUUCGUUGAUACAGAUUCCCUUUUUUCUAAUAAUUGACAAAUUAUCGAUUGUAUAUUUUACUUUUUUUGUCAUUUAAUUAAUUUUUCAAAUAUUAACAAAAGAUAGAGUUUAAACAAUUAAUUUUUUUUUAAAUCUAUUACAGAGUUUGAUACCUAUAUUAAUAAAAAUAUGUAUUUUAUCUCAUCAUUCCAUUACUAAUUCAGAAAUUCUUUUAUUUCAUUUCAUAUCGUCUUGUUUCGUUUUUUAAUAUCACAUAUAAUGUAUAUAGUCUUUUAUAUUCUAGUUCAUUUUUUAUAUUAAUAUAUUGUCAUUUUAUUAUUAGGUAUCAUUCUCUCCCUCUCUCUCUCUCUCUCUCUCUCUCUCUUUCUCUCUGAAAAAUAAAUUAUAAGACAAUUUUUAAUUACAAAAUUAUAUAUAGGCGAAUGCAACUAUUUUUAUUUUUUUACUGUAAAUAUCAAUGGGAAUCGAUAAAUAAAUCGGCCAGCUAUUUAGAUUAUGAAACGUGUACACACCAAAGUUAAUUAUAAUACUUACGACAUCCUAGGCACAGCUUGAUCAUUGGUUCGCAAAAAUGUAUCAUUGUUUUCUAUAAUUAAACAUUGAGACAAACAGAAUGGAACUUAAUUUCAAUGAAAUGAAAUAUUAAUGUCUUUAUUUCGUUAGUUUUUUUGACGAUUUUUACUCGGUACAAACCAAUGAAUAAUAUAAUAUACGUAGUUAUGACUUAAUAGCGUUUACGUUAUCCUUUAAAACACGGAAUAAUGUUCCUGUCGUCAUGAAAACAAACAAAUUACAAUACAUGACGAUUUUAUUUCUGUUCCUGUAUACGAUAGGUACUACACUAAUAAACCUAUGAUCUUUGCUUUUAUGCUUAUAGUGUAAUUUUAUGCUAACAACGUGCACUAUUAUAGAAAAACAAUCAUUUAUAGAAUUGUAAGGUGCAAUUAAGUAUCGUAUGCGGAAAAUAGCCCUCUCCCACACACUCAUCCUCAGAGAAAGGAUAGUGGAUUUAUGGUGAAAGGGAUAUGUUCCUUAAGUAAAGAAAACCAUGUCGGUACAUUAUAUGCAAUAUGUUUGUGUAUUAUAUUAAAUAUCGUCUACAAGUAGGGUAUCUAAUUACAAUUGCUGAAAAAAGGGGUGAACUUCUUUUUUUUUUUCCUAUCGUAAAAAAGAAAAACUUAUGCUGGGUCACAAAAUAUUUAAAAUAUAUUUAGAUGGUACUUAAGUUAAAGUCAACAUAAGUUAGCAUACAAAAUGGGAAUACAUUCAGUGAUAAAAAUGGCUGUUUCAUGAACAAUGGUAUGCCUUAUACAUUAAACAUUUUGCAUAUUGAACGUGCUUACAUAAUGGUUAUUAUGCAAAUUACUAUUGUAUACAGAAGAAGUGGAAUAAAAUAUGCUAUCUCUUAA